UAAUCAUAAUACUUAAUGUUAAUUUCUUUAGUAACUAUAUGUGUAGGUUUUUAUUCACAUUAGCACAGAUAAGGUCAUAAGUCGAUGUUCAUAGUUAGUGUUACUAACCAGCAUUGCGCAUAUUGACUUACUAAUGCUGUAUGGAAUCUGUAAACCUGUAUAAAACAAACAAAUUACACUUAAAAUAUCCUCUUCAAACAACGUAGUCUGUUAAAAAAGAACAAACGAAUCCAGAGCUAUCGAAGAAACAUUUAUUACAUUGGCAUAUGCAUCGGAAGCUACUUUUGAACUCAAAGUACUGCAUGUUUACACAAACUUGGUUAGGUAAAAGAACAAGAAAACAAGUAAGUUUUAAACGAAAUAAAGACAUUAAAUAUUCUCUACAGUCUACACAACGGCAUUUUCUACAGUAUUUGUUAAUCCAGACGGCAUCUUGAAUAUCCAUCACCUUCUGCACUUACAAUGAAAGUUAUACUCAAAACUACAAUCUACAGUGACACAGCUGGAUUGACCCCCUAAAUAUGCAUUAUAAUUAGACCAGUUUGCCAGUGCUAUCAUUAAGUACGUUAUUGACAAACGCUUGAAAGUAUAAUAAAGUACUUAGACAUAUAUAAUUGUUUUAAAACAAUAAAGUAUCUUAAACUAUUGCCCUCAAAAGUAUUUAUGUGUACACAGUAAUAAAACAAUAUUUAUGUCCUUCAAAAAUACUAUUGCCUUUGGUAAAUAAUGGGACAUAGUUAAAAUAUCAUCCUAAAGCACACGUCCACAGGAAAUUGUAAAUUUGUCAAAGCAAUAUUCACACUGUUAUGUUAGAAACUGGAUGAUCAAAAAUAAGCUAAGCUCUAUAUAAAUAUGCGGACUAAAGGUUCGGUGAAUAAGUCUCAUGCAUUGUUUGUCAACAGAUAAAAUGUAGUUUAUUUCAUCUUGGCUUUGCUAUUAAUCAAAGGGUAGGCUAAAUGCCAAGAGUCGAUACGACUGUCCGAAGGCAAAUACCUAAGCCAUAAUGAAAUCACUUGAACAUUUUGUUUUUUAACUCCGUGUUGUUUUAAUACAGAAUUCGUCUUGAUUUCUAAUAAACGUCUUAAGAUCCUGAACUUCUCAUCUUAGUAUAGACAAAAUCUGUUUCAUAGUAUACACAAAAUGUGUCAACAUUGUGUUCAAACAAUGAGUUUGCAUAAAAAUUAGAUUUCUGGGACACCAUUGAUUCAUCCUUUGCGACCGGUGUAGAUCAUGAUCAGCCUGAAUAUCCGUGCAGUCUGAUAAAUAUCUGUACAGUUUGCCAUUUUCAGUCGUUGUCGCUUUGGUAAUUAAGCACCCCCUUUUAAAAGUCCAAAUUGAAAGAUGGACAAAAGCAUGGUAAGGGUUAAUAGAGCCAAUAUCAAAUUCCCUGGGAAAAAAAAUGUAAAAAAUUAUGGACUUUUAACAUAAUUUAACAAAAGAAAAUACUGCCAAAAAUCAAUUUUUAGUAUUUUAAAGGUAAGAAUUCAUUUUGCUAAAUAUUUGUUAACGAACUUUAAGUCAAAUUCAUCUAUGGUAUUGGCGUGUGAUGGGGCCGUAGAUUUUACGGUGUUUAUUCUGUAGGCACGAUUGUAAUAGAACCGCCUGAUAUGAUACUUCUCACUACGAUAAGCUCUGAUAUGAAGUGGUAGGAACAAUGCACUUAGUUAUGUUGUUAUCUCUUUGAUUUGUUCUAUAAAUUACUAGUGGGUCACUGAUAACAACUCAGUCAACAAUUCUAUAAUAACUUGUGCUUGUAGGACAGUGAAUGUUCAUAUUUGAAAGCGAAAUCCAUUUAGGCUGCACGCAAAAUACGUUAUUUGAUAAGUAAGACUGGGAUAAUUGUUUUAAAAGGAUACAGUAUUUUCAACACAUUUGUGGUUCUGCUGUUUUAAAUUAUUUCUAGUUUGGAACGAAAGAUGAAAUUGCGUUUAGCAUGAAAUAAGUAGUGUUUGAUUCACUAUAUUAAUUACAGUUUUGUAAACAAAAGGAAACUCUAGGCUAAAGACAAUGAGACGUCUUCGAAGAGCGAAUAAGCCAUACGUGCUGCUCGCGAUAGCAGUUUUCUGUUUUGCUAUCACAGCGUAUUUUUCUUUUUCCGAGGAAAAACACAUAAGGAACAUUGAUAUGAAUAGUUUUGUUAGUUGGGAGAAGACAGAGACUGUCAUGGAUCAAUUAGCAGAUCAGAUUUACAAAGAUAUACCAGUAUCGCAGUCAAAGUACGUCGGGACUUACAAACAAAUGCAGACUACGGAGGGCAAGAAAAUCAUGCAAGAACCGGCAACUGUCUUACCGAUAGACGAAACUGAAAGAAGAUUUAAUGAACGAAAAGGACUGUUACAGGAGGCGUGCGUUAAAUACAAAAGAUAUAAUCCCAUUUGUGAGCGCAAAACUGCAGGAUUCAAUUAUAAGUACGUGAAUGAAAGUAAUCUGGUAUAUUGUGCAAUUGAGAAAACCGGAAGUACCCUCUGGAAACGAAUUUUGCACGUUAUUGGAGGCUGGAGCAAUAGUUCUAAUCCUACCUCGAUCAAAUCUGAGGCCGCAGACACUUAUCACGGAGGAUUCGAAACGCUAGAGAAUUCAACCAUGGAUGAAAUGCAAGAAAUCUUUAAUAAUUCGGAUAGUAUAAUGUUCGUACGUGAUCCAUUCACAAGGCUGUUUUCGGCGUGGCUCGACAAGCUGUAUUCACCUAACCAUUACUACUGGACAAACAUUGGACCACUUAUCGUCAAGUCAGAAAGACUCAGUAAAGAGGAAUGGAACUCCUCACAUGUAACUUGUGCUUCUGAUAUAUCAUUUACUGAAUUCAUUAAUUUCACAAUAAAGGAGGUCACGUUCAAGAUGUGUGCCGACGGACAUUUUUCACCUAGUCACAAACACUGUCUCCCUUGUCUAAUCCCUUUUGAUUAUAUUGGCAAAUAUGAAACAUUUAAAGAAGACACUACUUAUCUAUUGAAUAAAUUGAAUCUCUCGCACAAGGUUACUUUUGAUGACUUUGAAACGGAUGCUGCUCGGGAUGCAAUAAGAGAUUCAACUGAAUGGGUUUUCUCCCAAAAAGAGAAACUUUUAGAGUGUAAUGUGACUUUUCACUGCGCUUUAUUCAAGGUUUGGAACAGAAUGCAAAGUAGAGGUUUUAUUAGUACAAAGAUAAAGUUCCCAUUUGAAAGUGUUGAUGAAGUUAAAAACGUGACAAAGGAUGACAUCAUUAGUGUAUUAACAAAAGCUUAUCGUGAAAGUGAUCCUAAUGAAACGAAAGGUAACCGAAUGGAAGCGUUACGACAAGCUUUUCAACAUUUACCUUCAAAAUUAAGGACAAGACUGGUUUUAGCUUUUAAGGUUGACUUUGCUAUGUUUGGAUAUGACAGAAAUCCUGAAUAUCUAAACAAACCACUCCAGACAUCUUUCAACUAUUUCAAAGAAUGUCAAGAGUAAAUCUGCAGAAGUAACAUUUAAGACGAUAAAAAUAUAUUUCCUGGUGUGUCUUUUAAACAUCGUUAAAUCCAUGUCGUACCAAUUCAAUUUCGAUCUUUAUCAACGGAAAAAAAGUUUUAGCUAUAAUU